GGUUUUGGGAAUUACGGUAAGUCGGGUUACCUGUGUCUCAAAUACACACACUCUAAUGAUUGGCACUCAGGAGCCACCAAGGAUACAUAAUUAGAAAAGGCACGUUAACGAUGGUGGUCGAACGGGAUCGUUCUAAUGAGCUGUACGACCUCUUCUCGCGGAUGCGGCAGCGUCAACCCCAGCCGGCGACCACGACCGCCGUCGCUCCGGGUUUGCACAGCAGCUCCGACGUGCAGACAUUCAACCGUUUCGCGAAGGAGUUCUCCACCAACAUCGCCACCGUAUCAGAGUACAUAAUGCGACUUACGCAGCUGACAAACCAACAGAGUGUGUUUGACGACCAGACAGCAGAAGUGAGCGAGCUGACGCAGAUAGUGAAGACGUCGCUGCAACGCCUGCACAAUGACGCUGGAACGCUGGAGGAGCUGAAGAGGCGGGCGAUGACGUCUCAGAAGAACACCGCUCCCACCUCAACGGGUCAUCUCCGCACCGCAGAGAAGCACAGUGACACUGUGGUAGAGACACUGCGCAGCCGUCUGGCCAGAACAGGCCAGCAGUUUCGCACCACUCUCCAGCACCAGUCCAAAAGUCUAAAGGACAAGGCAAAUCGACGCCAUAUGUUCACGACAGCGGACAGGCCACAGACAUUUGAGAGCGCGCUUUUCCAAGAUCAGGAGCAGCAUCAGCAACAGCAGCAGCUGCUGGCUGGCACGGGUAACAUCCAGUAUUACCAGCAGCGCGCCGACGCCGUGAUGGAGAUCGAGGCUGCCGUGCAGGAAGUGGGCGAACUCUUCAACGACUUCACCCGGCUUGUGCAAGAACAGGAAGAGGUGGUGCUCCGCAUUGACACUGACGUGGGCGAUGCGGUGCGUCACGUCAACGCGGGAAGUAACGAACUCAUGCGUUACUUGACAAAUCUUAGCUCCAACCGCGGUCUCAUUCUGAAGGUGUUUGCGAUGCUCUUCUUCUUCCUGAUGUUUUUCGGUCUUAUUGUGGUGCGCUGA